GUGAAAUGUCAACAAAAGUGCCAAACAUUAAACUGAAAAUUGAUCCUCGGGAUCUGCAGAUCCAGACCUUUACAGUGGAGAAAUUAUUGGAACCAUUGAUAAUUCAGGUUACAACACUAGUGAACUGUCCACAGAAUCCUUCUAGUAAGAAAAAAGGCCGUUCCAAAAGGGCUCGUGUCUUGUUAGCUUCUGUGGAAGAAGCCACAUGGAAUCUGUUGGACAAGGGGGAAAAAAUUGCCAAGGAAGCAAUUGUGUUUAAAGAAGAACUUCAUGCAGCACUUGCUGAUGUCCAGAAAGAGAGUCAAGCCUUAAAGGUAUCAGCAGAGGCAUUUACCAGUGAUCCCUGCUAUCUGCCUAAGAGGCAAGCUGUUGUCCAAGCAGCACGAUGUCUGCUUACAGCUGUCACAAGGCUUCUAGUUCUGGCGGACAUGGUUGAUGUGGCAUACUUACUAGAACAUUUAACUGUGUUUCAAAGAACAUUUGAAUCUUUAAGAAAUGUAUCCAGUAGAUCUGAUCUACAGAAAAUCUACCAGAAGUUUCGAAAAGAUCUGGAAAAUCUUGAUUAUUUGGCACACAAGCGUCAGCAGGAUUUGAAAUCCAGCAAUCAGCGAGAUGAAAUUGCUGCAGCACGUGCAACCCUGAAGGAAAAUUCUUCUCUCCUACAUUCAAUAUGUUCAGCUUGUUUGGAACAUUCAGAUGUUGCAUCCCUAUCAGCCAGCAAAGAUUCAAUUUGCAAUGAAAUACAGAAUGCUCUCAGUGUAAUUUCUAAUGCUUCCCAAGGAGUUGGAAAUAAAGUGGGACAACCUACAUCUCAUGCAGCUACUCUUGGAAGUGCACUGGAUGAACUUGAGAAUUUAAUUAUCCUGGAUCCUCUUGUAGUGGAUGAAGAGAAAAUAAGGCCAUCACUAGAGAAACGUCUGGAAGCUAUUAUCAGUGGAGCAGCUCUGCUAGCUGAUUCUUCCUGCACGCGUGAUUUUCAUCGAGAACGCAUCAUUGCUGAAUGCAAUGCUAUCCGCCAAGCUCUCCAAGACCUGCUUUCUGAAUACAUAAACAAUACAGACAAGAAAGAGAGAAGCAAUGCCUUGAAUGUUGCAAUAGAUAGUAUGUGCAAGAAGACAAGAGACCUUCGCAGACAGCUCCGUAAAGCCAUUAUAGAUCAUAUCUCAGACUCCUUCUUGGACACCACUGUUCCACUUCUAGUUCUCAUUGAAGCUGCUAAAAAUGGAAGAGAGAAAGAGAUAAAGGAAUAUGCUGCUAUAUUUCGAGAACAUACCAGCAGGCUUGUGGAGGUUGCUAAUCUUGCUUGUUCACUAUCAACAAAUGAAGAUGGAAUGAAAAUUGUCCAAAUGGCAGCUAAUCACAUAGAGACUUUAUGUCCACAGGUUAUUAAUGCUGCUUUAGCUCUUGCUGCCAGACCAAAAAGUCAAGUUGUGAAAAACAACAUGGAGAUGUAUAGGAGUACAUGGGAGAAUCACAUCCAUGUCCUUACUGAAGCUGUGGAUGAUAUAAUAAGUAUUGAUGAUUUUCUUGCUGUAUCAGAAAGCCAUAUUCUUGAGGACGUAAACAAGUGUAUCAUUGCACUGAGAGAGCAAAAUGCAGACAAUUUAGAUCGUGCAGCAGGUGCAAUCCGAGGUCGUGCUUCAAGAGUAGCUCAUAUCGUUUCGGGUGAGAUGGAUAAUUACGAACCAGGGACUUACACUGAAGAAGUGAUGUCAAAUGUUCAGUAUUUGACGAGGACUGUGAUUCCAGAGUUUAUAAAUCAAGUAAAUAUUGCAUUGGAGAGCUUAAGCAAGAACACAGUGCAUCUUUUUGAUGAUAACCAGUUUGUGGACAUUUCUAAGAAGGUGUAUGAUACAAUUCAUAACAUCAGAUGCUCAGUCAUGAUGAUUCGGACACCCGAGGAGCUAGAAGAUGUAUCUGACCUUGAAGAGGACCAUGAUGCACGUAGUCGUACAAGUAUCCAGACUGAAGGGAAAACUGACAGGGCAAAGAUGACUCAACUGCCGGAGGCUGAAAAGGAAAAGAUAGCUGAGCAAGUGGCUGACUUCAAAAAAGUCAAGAGUAAGCUUGAUGCAGAGAUUGAAAUAUGGGACGAUACUAGCAAUGACAUCAUUGUUUUGGCCAAGAGAAUGUGUGUGAUUAUGAUGGAGAUGACUGACUUCACAAGGGGUAGAGGACCACUGAAGAACACAUCUGAUGUAAUUAAUGCAGCAAAAAUGAUUUCAGAGUCGGGAUCAAGGAUGGAUGUCCUAGCACGGCUGAUUGCCAAUCAGUGUCCAGACCAAUCAUGCAAGCAGGAUUUGUUGGCUUACCUGGAACAGAUCAAGCUGUACUCCCAUCAGCUCAAAAUCUGCAGCCAAGUUAAAGCAGAAAUCCAGAAUCUAGGUGGAGAGCUCAUCAUGUCUGCUUUGGAUAGCGUCACUUCACUAAUUCAGGCAGCCAAAAAUUUAAUGAAUGCUGUGGUACAGACAGUGAAGAUGUCCUAUAUUGCAUCCACAAAGAUUAUCAAGAUACAGAGUCCUACUGGCCCACGACAUCCUGUUGUCAUGUGGAGAAUGAAGGCUCCAGAGAAGAAGCCCCUAAUUAAAAGAGAGAAGCCAGAAGAAAUCUAUGCGGCUGUCAGGAAAGGUUCUGCAAAGAAGAGAAUCCAUCCUGUUCAAGUCAUGAGUGAAUUUAGAGGCAGAGAGGUAGUCUAAUACUCUGCCAUGUUUUGGUCUCUAUCUUGAAUUUAUGAUCUUUGAAUUUUCCUCUUUUCCCCCACUUAUUUAAUAACUAUGCUAUGUUAAUGAUUUGCUUUCCUCUAAAUCUGUAAGAUAACACUUAAAUUAUUUGAAAAUGGCUUUUGGAUUAAUUAGAAACACAUAGUUGAAAAAGAAAAUACUCAUCUUGCAGUGACAAACUUAUCAUGGCUUUAUACUGGCACAUAUACUGGUUUUCAACAGAGCACUUCGAGAAAUACGUUAUGGGAUGGUGCAGUAGUUGGAAAGGAGGAUGCAAUCUGCCAACCUGCCCGAAGUUGUACCACAUUCACUAGGCUUCAGCAUUCCUUUACCAGGGAUGAAUGUAGCCACUAUUAAACUCUGUGUGUUUCAUGAUAUACAGCUUUUCAAACAUGCUGUUGGGCCAGAUCCUUUAUCAGCAUCAUUAUACCAUGAUCAAAUCAGCUGGACUGCUUGAUGCUAGCUGAGUCUAGGCCCUCAACUUGUAUCUAGAUUGAAAGAUCUGAAGAUCUCCCCUCAUCCAAGAUCCAGUCUUAGAAAUUUAAGUUUGAAAUAGAAAAAAUGUUCUAACAACAUGGAUAUAACAAUGUAAUAACAAGAAAAAAAACCCCUGACUGCAACAUAGCAGUAAUAAUACCUCUUUAAAAGGCCUUUUGAAACAUUAAAAUUAAUCUGUGUUCUGUUUCCUACUCUAUUCUGUGAAUACUAAUAAAGCUGCCAACUGUUACAUUUGGAAGUUCAUAUAAUUAAGAUGUUAACAGUAAAAAAAACCUAAUCACUGCACAAAAGAAAAAGUAUGAAAUAAAUCAUUAUUCUGAGAUCAGUGUGUGAAAUACACAUGCACCUAUCCUGAAUCUCAGGAAUUAUGAAAUUUUUGCAAGGUAACUGUAGUGACUUAAAUUCUUUUUCUUAUGACAGUAGAACCCUAAAUGCAUGACUGUGCCAGUAAGCAGUCUGCUAGACGACUGUGCUGUGUCUCAGCAUAUAUAAUGAAGGGUAAGUGCUGUUAGCCUGUGGUCAACACCAGGCUUCUGUAAGAUAAUUGAAGAAAAUUCUUCUGAAGUUAUUUGAAUAAAAUCCAGUUCAAUUUUCUUUUUUGUGGUGAAGAAUCUAACCCCUCUCUUCUCUGCCAUGUUGCUGAGUUUUCCCACACUGCACUUGUUACUCAAAAUGUCUGACUUAGCAGUUAAAUAGAUCCUUUUUGUAUUUGCUAAGGUGAAAGCACUCAAAUGCCAGAACUUCACGAUGGUCAUUGGCUACCACUAUGAGGUGGCUCCAGACUAUAGGCUGCUGCUCCAUGUCAUUUAUUACCUUGUUUGGCACAGCAGUGGACCUACCUAGUGCAAUAUGGGCAGCAAAAAUAACCAUAAACUCCAUUUAUCCUCUUUCGGAUGCCACUAUGUUUUUAAAGCUCAGGACAGAAAAGCAGUAUAAUAUCUAGGCUGUUGGUUAAGAAAUCUCAUGAAACAUACAGCAAUCAUGAAUUAAAAAUUUUGCAGAUCACUACUUCAUGUUCCCUAACUUUACUAUCUGCUAAAUGAUACAAAAGUAGAAGUUUGUAACAAAAAAGUCCUUUCAUCAAACUGAGAUUCCCUCAAGCUUGUUUGCAUCAAGAUCUUUUUACCAUGUAUAGGUCUUUGCUAGUCCUCUUGGGACUAAAGAGUGGGAACCAGCUAACAUUCAAGUGGAGCAGGCAGAGCUAAUACAGAGCAGGUUGUACCACCUGCUUUCAGUAGGUCUGCUGGCAGACUGUCAAAGCCAAGAUAAAGAUUCUGUUUGGUACAGAGAUCAGGUGAGCAUACACUGUUGUCACACUUUAAAGCCAAAACCUCCAUGCCAGAUUCUGGCCCACUCCCUCAGACUGCCUAUGUCCCCAGCAAUGUUCAAGUCCAGAAGCCAGCAGAAGAGUUCCUUGUUUUGGAAGGGUGUUAGUUACUUUCUUAAUAAAUCCUGGUAUCUCUGGGCCACACCUUUCAUAUAGGUCACCCUGACCUCAAA